AUGGUCACUCUCAGAUCAGCAGGGAAACAACCACAACCGCCUCCCAAGGUGAACACGGAGAUCGUUGAGAUCGUCUCAUCCGAUUCAGAGAAUGAAGUCGACGGGGAUGAUGAUGAAGCGCUAGACGUGGAGCCGCCCUCCAGCGUCACGCUCGCAGACCCUUCGCCGCUGUUCGCAACACCGGGGGUGAGGUACGGGGAGGAUAAGUUCCAGCGGAAAGAGGCGGGGGAAGUGCAAGAAGGGGAAGAGGAGGCGGCGGAAGGAAGUGAAGGUGAAGAGGAGAGGCUACAGGACGAGCAGGAAUCACCAUCAAGCGCCAAGCUGGCUGUCCGGCCCAAGGGCGCCCGGUCACCCAAGAAGGGGCGUGUCAGCGUCGAGAUUCCGGUUCCAAAAUCGGCAUCCAAGACGCAGCGGAAACAGGACGGGGAUUCAAAAAAAUCCUCCGAGACGCCGAAAGCGGGAAAACACAUCACGUUUGACGACAGCGAGUACGAUGAGUUUGUGACGCCUAAGGAAGCGCCUACGGAGGACCCGCUGGAGAACCAAGGGGUGGAGGAGGAUGAGGAGGAUGAGGAGGAGGAGGAGGAGGAGGAGGAGGAGGAGGAGGAGGACUCCGAUGAUGAAGCGCCAGAGGCGGUGUCUACCCGUACUGCGGAGGUAGAAACGCUAAAGGCUGCGGGGGCUGCUGCAAAGGCGGCUGAACAACAAGCAGCCGCUGCAAAGCGGAAAAGACAAGAACGUGAUACGUUCCUCAAGAAGCAAGCCGAGGAAAGGAAGCGGCUCCAGAAGCCUGCUGUGCAACAAGACGAGGACGACGACGACGACGUCCCGACAACAACCAAAGCGCCAGCAACAGAAGGCGAGAAGCGCAAGCGGGAAGUCCCCCAAUUGCUCCCCUUAGAACUCCUCGAGUCAGACGACGAGGAGGACACUCCCCGGCAAACCGAUUCCGCCGCGGAUCAGCAGAACAAACGGAGGAAGCUGGGCAGCGCAGAACUGGCUCUGCUUAACGGGCCUCGACUACCCAAGGACAAGCGCGUGGGGACGACGGCGUACAGGGUGGUGAAGGGGACGGGAGAUGGGCGGUUGGCGCCCAAGGCGAGGAAGCAGUCUGUGAAUUUGAAGGAGAUGUUGCUGAGGCGGGACCGGGUUGCGAAGCCGAGGGGUGGGUUUUUUGUGAGGAGCCGGUGA